AUGAAGAUCACCUCCUUCCUUACUUCAGCCCUGGUUGCGGCUGUUGCCGCUCGCGACACGAUUUACCUUGUCAACUCCUACAAAGGUAACGAGAUCUCCAGUGGUAUGGCAUACUAUGCCGACGGCCACGAGCAAAACGGGGUAUCGCGCCCCGAUGACUAUGUCGAUGUGCUUCAUGGAAGCAAUGUACACUGGGAGGGUCAAAAUGUAAAGGGUACUUUCAGUAGUGGUGUAUCUUUCACGUCUAGCAUCUUUGCAGAUGCUGGUGGCAAGCAAGGAAAUUCUUGGUCUGGUACGGGUACAAAUGGAUUUCAUACGUACAACUGCUACAAGGGUACUGGUCCGACUGGCAAGCCGUGGGUGUUGUAUAUUGUGGAUGGCUGGACUGUCAAUGUUAUCUACUGGUGCUGGCCUUUUAAUUAA